UGUGAUUUGUUGUGACACACACACACACACACACACUCUCGGGUGUGGACAGGUGAACCGACGCUAACGGGACUCAGCGCCUCGACUCGUCUCGUGUUUUUCCGCCGUGUCGUCGCAGCCUCUUCGGGCUCUGGAGCUCCGGAGCUCCCCCCCUCUCCUCCACACGACUCUGCCCGGGUCCCUGCGCUCUGCCCCGGACUCCGCUCACAGCUCGGCCCGGCACAGGAGGAGACAUGUCCCAGGAGAAGAGCGACCCCCCCACCGAGCUGCUGGAGAGCGUGCGGGAGGCCGUGGGUCGGAGGGUGAAGCUGACCCUGAGGCGCAAAGUCCAGCUGGAGGUCAAAGGUGACAAGGUGGAGAGCAGAGUGCUGGCGUUGGCGUCCCAUCGAGCUUACCUGCUGACGGCUCGUCUCCCGUCCAAGGUUGAACAGUCUUUCAGUUACCUGGAUAUUCAGGGGAUCGGCAGCAACAAGCCCACUCAGCUGGUGUUGGAGCACGACCGCGGCCCCUGGAGCCUCCGGCUGAGCUCGGUGGAGGAGGUGGACGAGGUCAUCGCUCACAUCGGCAGCUGUCUGCACCGGAUCUGUCCCACGGGUUCGCCUGUGAAGGUGAUGAGGAAGUUGAGUCUGAAGCCUCCGGAGAGGACGGCGGCGCUUCAGGCGGUGUGGGACGACCAGGGCUCGGCCGAGCUCGGACCCUGCGGUGGUUUCUCUCAUCAGUACUGGUGUGUGUGUGAUAACCUGGGGCUGCCGUACAGGGAGGAGGUCCAAUGGGACGUGGACACCAUCUAUCUCACCCAGGACACCAGAGAGCUCAACCUGCAGGACUUUGUUCACCUGGAAAACAGGGAUCUGGUGGCGAUCAUCGCAGCUCUGGAGUUCAACCAGUGGUUCACCAAACUCUCCACCAAAGACUACAAACUGUCGACAGACGUGUGCGAUCAGAUCCUCCGGGUCGUGGCUCGGUCCAGUCGACUGGAGGAGCUGGUUCUGGACAACGCUGGACUCAGGAGUGACUUUGCUCAGAAGCUGGCCGGCGCUCUGUCACAGAACCCCGCCUCCACGCUGCACACACUCAACCUGAGCAACAACUCGCUGGAGGACAAAGGUGCUGCUGCUCUGAGCGCUCAGCUGUCCAAGCUGCCGAUGGGCCUGAAGCACCUGAGCCUCUGCAGGACGUCCAUGUCCCCUAAAGGAGUGAACGCCCUCUGUCAGUCUCUGUGUGUGAACCCAGUCGUCGCCACCACCCUCACUCACCUCGACCUAUCAGGGAACUCGCUGCGAGGCGACGAUCUCCAGAACCUUCACAGUUUCCUGAGUCACUCCAACAGUCUGGAGACUCUGGAUCUGUCAAACAGCGACUGCUCUCUGGAGCAGGUGUGCUCGUCUUUGCUUCGAGGAUCCUUGAAGCAUCUCUCCGUCCUGAACAUGUCAAAGACCGUCUUCUCUCACAGGAAGUGUAAAGAAAUCCCUUCGUCCUUCAAGCAGUUCUUCAGCAGCUCUCAGGCUCUGAGCUCCGUCAGCCUGUCGGGGACCCGGCUGCCGCUGGAGGCUCUGAAGUCCUUGCUGUUGGGCCUCGGCUGUAACCCCAGCCUCAGCGACGUCUCCCUGGACCUCAGCUGCUGUGAGCUGCGUUCAGGAGGCGCCCAGAUCCUGGAGGGCUGCAUCGCAGAGAUCCCCAACAUUUCCAGUUUGGACAUUUCUGACAACGGUCUGGACAUGGAUCUCAUCACCCUGCUGGUGUGGCUCGCCAAGAACCGCUCCGUCAGAACCCUCUCACUGGGCAAGAACUUCCACAACAUCAAGUCCAAGAAUGUGGCUCCGGUCCUGGACAACCUGGUCCACAUGAUUCAGGAGGAGGAUUCACCGCUGACCUCACUGUCCUUGGCGGACUCCCGGCUGAAGGCCGACCUCUCCAUCGUCCUCAACGCUCUGGGCAGCAACACGUCCCUGACCAGGCUGGACAUCAGUGGGAACGCCAUGGGAGACAUGGGCGCCAAGAUGCUGGCGAAGGCUCUGCAGAUCAACACCAAACUCAGGACGAUCCUCUGGGACAGAAACAACGUCAGUUCUCAGGGACUCCAGGACGUCGCUGCCGCUCUGGAGAAGAACCACACCAUCCGCUUCAUGCCGGUUCCCAUCAUGGACGCUGCUCAGGCGCUGAAGGCCAACCCGGAGAAGACGGAGGACGCCUUAUUAAAGAUGGAACAGUAUCUGCUGAGGAACCACGAGACACGUAAAUACCUGCAGGAGCAGGCCUACAGGCUGCAGCAGGGGAUCGUCACCACCACCACACAACAGAUGAUGGAUAUGAUGUGCGUGAAGGUGCAGGAUCACGUCAACUCCCUGAAGUUCACGGAGAGCAGCGCGGUUCAGGAGGACAUGAAGGUGGCGGAGAACCUCAUGAAGGACGCCAGGAACUCCAAGACGCUCCUCCCCAACCUGUACCACCUGACGAGCGGGGGGGGCAGGGGCGCCUGCGUCGGAGCCAUUCAGGACAAACUGGAGUCGAUGGCGGGGGAGGUGGCGAGGGUGAUGGACGAGCAGCUGCAGACGAUGCUGGCGUCCAUGGUGGACGCUGCUGAGGGCCUGUGUCCUCACGUGAUGAAGAGGAGCAGCCUUAGUCAGGAGCUGCUGAAGGCCGGAGCCGGGAGGAUGACCAUCCCGCGCAGCUUCAUCACCACCACGCUGCUGGAGCAGUCCGGCGUGGACAUCAUCAACAAGAUCAGUGAGGUGAAGCUCAGCUUGGCGUCUUGUCUGUCCGAUCGCAUCGUGGACGAGAUCCUGGAGUCUCUGUCCAGAUCUCAACACACGCUGGCCGACCAUCUGAUCAGGAAGGAUCCGCCUCUGCUGCGUCACGCUCCUCACACCGAGGCCGAGGUUCUGGACCAGACGGUUCUGCAGCCGGAGAACCAGAACCAGAACCAGAACCAGGACCAGGAACACAAACCACAGAGGAAGCUGCAGGAUAUGGACACAUGCAUGAUGACGAAGAGGAAGAGUAUUCUGGUGAGGAUGCUGCGUCCCGUCUCCGUGGCCUUCGAGAUGGAGUUUGACCUGGACAAAGCUCUGGAGGAGGUUCCCAUCCAUGUUGAGGACCUUCCUCUUCCUCCUCCUUCUUCGCCGUUACCCGACAGGAUGUCAGCGUACUUCAGAGACCUCCCUCCCCCCCCGAGGUCCACGGACACUAAGCCCCUCCCCCUGGGCGAUCUGCUGCCGGUGGAGCACAAGCUGCUGGAGCAUCGCACCAAACUACGACCGAAGCCCAAGAAGAGGUCGAAGCCCAGUCGACCACUUCGACAGGCCGCCGGCGGCUCGGCGCCACAGGACGGGGAGCAGAACGGCAUCAUGGGAAAGCUGGACGAGGGCCUGGACGACUUCUUCUCCAAGAACGUCAUCAGACUCAGCUUCAAACUUCCGUCCGUCAGAGGUUCGACGUCCAACCCUCAGGAAGCGACAGAAAAGAAACGUGAGACGAGGAAGAGCGGCUUCUUCAACCUCAUCAAGUCCCGGACGUCCCGCUCGGAGAAGAGCCACGGAGCCGCCGCCGUCCCGCCUCCUCAACCCGCCGCCAUCCCGCCUCCUCAGCAUGUGACCUCCAGCACCGCCCCCUCCUCUUCUAUCAGCCCCGUCACUGAGGAGCCGACGCCCACAUCCCCUGCAGAGCCGCAUCAGGAGCUCCACUCAGAUUCGGAGACGGAGGUCUGUCCACCUGCUGCUGAGGAGGAGAAGCAGGAGGAGGGAGAGGAGGAGGAGGAGAAGAAGGAGCAGCCCCACAAGCCUCGUCAUAUUGGCGUUCCGAUGAUGGGACUGGACCUGAUGGCUGAGAUGAAGGCCCGUCAGGAGAAAAGGGCUGUGAAGAAGACUGAGUCCUCGUCCUCUAAAGACAAAGUGGACGCAGACAGAGCCACGACCGACAUUCACCCCCCCGCCCCGGCAGAGAACGAGGAGUCCCGACCGGACCAGCCCCCCCGGUCCAAACCGCCGAGCGUCAUCCCCAGACCGCCUCCGUGCCAGGCCGCCAAACCCCCGCCGGGUCCCACCAGUCCCACCAGUCCGACCAGUCCCACCAGCCCCCCGCCUGGCAGCAUCUCGGUUCACGACGACUCCUCUGAGGCUCCAGCAGCCAAAGCUCCACUUCCUGCUCCUCGCCUGAAGAGGGCGCCGUCGGAGCAGGAGCGAGAGAGCGUGAGCAGCAACUCUGCAGGACGCCUGUCGCCAGCGGACGCCGACUUUCCCGGAGACGCUGGCGACGCCUUUGACCCCGGUGCAGGGGCGGAGCCUGGUGCAGGGGUGGAGUGUGAUGCAGGGGCGGAGCCUGGUGCCGGCGGCGGCAGGCAGUGGUCGUCCCUGAGGCGUUCAGCCCCUCCUCCUUCCGACAGGGAGGCGGACCGAGAGCGCACCAAGUCCCUCCCCGCUAAUGCCGUGCCCCCGUCGCUGGCCGACACAGAUCUGAGACCAGCCGAGGACGAGAGUGAAACGGCCGAUCUCCAGUCUGAGGACGAGUCCGGGGACGAGUCUCCGUCCGUCUGACGCCAGAGAGACGUUUACAAUCCAACGUUACAGGACAAUCACUCGUGUGCUCGGACGGCUUUCAGUUUUCAUAACAGUUCCCGGUGAAGAGUUCCCUGACCUGGGAUCAGCCAGGUUUCAUCAGGAUCUUUAAGAGGCGAAGUGGUUUUUAUCUGCGGCUGUUUGGAAACAGAUUCAUCUUCUGCACGGAACAAAGAACUCUUCACAAAUUCAAAAAAUGUCACAUCAGGAGCAGAAGCUAGAGACAGACACAAAAAUUAUAUCUCAAAAUAUGUCAAAAACCAAAGAGGCGAUGAAACUGAUACAAACUGUUUUUUUUAUGUCUUAUUAUGGUUUAAUUUGAUCGACUGUUAACGACCCGUUAAAACCGGCCGAGGGUUUUAUUUCAUCUAAAGGAAACAUAGACGGCAAAAAGAUUUAAGUUUAUUUUAUAAAAUAUGAUGAAAGAUUAUUUAAAACAUUCCUCUUGUUCAUGACUAGAAAAUAUUUCAGGUCAGUUUCUGUGGAUAAUAUAAUUUUAAUGACACUGUAAAACAAACUUAUCCUUUCUAACACAUUAUUCUCAGUUUAAGUUUUUAAAGUCUUGAAAUGAGACGGAAUAAGAGAAGUCACAGCUUCAACUGUCACAAUCAGCUGAACUGAGAUCAGUUCAAAACACUCUGAAGUUAUUAAAAACCAGAGUUUAUCUCCAAUAUUCAGCAGGAAACUUUAAAACAUGAAGUAUUCUGAACAGUUUGGUGGAUCUGUUACAGCAGCAGCUCCUCCGGGUCAGGAAGCAGAGGCUCAUGGGUAAUAACCAGCGCAGCACAUUGACAGACUUUGUUUAUUCGGCACAUGAAACCACUUCCAGUAAAGAAAAUAGUGACAUGAAUCAAAAUAUAUAAAAUAUGUAUAUUAAUUUUAACAAGCCUUUGAGGUUAUCCCCACAUGUGGCUGCAGGGGGCAGUCUUGCAUUAGAGUGUGUUGCUUUAAACCUCGGCAGUAGUCUUCUCCUGAGUCGACAACAAGUUGUGAACGUGUUUUCAUCGGCGCCGUUCAUCCUUCAUCACAUGACCAUGAAUAACCAGAGGGACGCUGCCCCGCCCACUGAGGAGUCACAACCAAUGAGAUUCCUCUGGCAGAAAACUAAAACUUUCCAGAUGUUCUGUAAAAACCCUUCUUCUCCUGUGAUGUCACAUGUCACCGCUGCUGAGUCGUCACAUUCUGACGUCUGUCAAUCACGACUGCUGCACUGACAGGUGUCUGUGUCCCGAUGUAAAUACCACUGACGUAGAAAUGAAUCUGAGUCACAAACACAAACUCUGGGGUGUUAUUGUCAUUGGAGCAGAAAUCUGAUUUAUUAUUUUCAUGUAAGAGACUUGGUGAUGGUUUUCUUUAUACUGGGGACAUUCUUUUGAAAUAUUUUGCUUUUAAACAAAAAGAUAUGUUAUAUUGUUUAUAUGUGAGUGGACCUUCACACCUGGAAACAUCUGUAUUUCUAUGUUUAUAUGAAUAAAUCCUGUUUCCCAGC